AUGGCGGCGGCGGGCGCGGGGGCCGGGCCCGGGCCCGGCGCGGGGCCCUCGGCGGGCGCGGGGGCUUCGAACCCCCGCAAGUUCAGCGAGAAGAUCGCGCUGCAGAAGCAGCGGCAGGCGGAGGAGACGGCGGCCUUCGAGGAGGUCAUGAUGGAGAUCUGCUCCACACGGCUGCAGGCCCAGAAGCUGCGCUUGGCCCACGGGCGGGGUCCGUUCUACAGCGGCUCCCUGCCCAACGUCAACCAGAUCGGCUCCGGCCUGCCCGACUUCCCGGGCCCGUCCCCUCUGGACUCCACUCGGAGCACGCGGCACCACGGGCUGGUGGAGCGGGUGCAGCGGGACCCCCGCCGGAUGGUGUCCCCCCUGCGGCGCUACGUCCGCCAGAUCGACAGCUCCCCGUACGGACCCACCUACCUGUCCCCUCCGCCCGAGCCCAGCUGGAGGAGGACCAUGCCUUGGAGCAACUUCCCGAUGGAAAAAGGACAUUUAUUCCGGCUGCCCUCGGCUCUCAACAGGACGAACUCCGACUCGGCCCUGCACACGAGCGUGAUGAACCCCCCUCCCCAGGACUCCUACCUGGGCCCCUCCCAGGGCCCCCCGCCCGGCAGACGCACGGGUUUCCUGGACGGGGACUCGGACAACAAGGUGAUGUUUCUUUUCCAAGUGCCUCCCAUCGAAGAGAACUUCGAUGACAACAAGCACUCGCUGAAGCCCUGGGACACCAAGAGAGGUCUCUCGUCCUCCUCGGCACGGCGAUCCUGCGAGGUCCCGGGAAUCCACGUGUUCCGUCCCCGGACCAACCUGCCAACAGUGCCCCUCAUGCCCUCGGCCCUCAACACGGAGUCCCUGCCCGACCUGACCACGCUGCACUUCCCUCCCCUGCCCACCCCCUGGACCCCGGAGGCCGUUCCCCCUGAGCGGGGCAGCAGCACCUCCAACCUGGCCACCACCGUGGCCCACCUGGGCAUCAGCGGCACCAGCACGGGGGGCUGGGCUACGACCCCCAG